AUGGUUGAGCCCGUUAGGGAAUCCGUGAAGCAGGUGGAUCCGUCCAGAUGGCUUAUUGGCAGCCUCAUGCUUCGUCGCUCGAGCUUCGCUUCUGACACUGUCACCUGGAAAGAUGAUGGCGACAAUUCGAAUUACACGCUCAUGGACGCGCCUACUCCCCGACCACCUACAACCCCUUUGCCACUGAACGAUCCCCAUCUUGCCCUGGUAUACGAUGCUGGCGAUAGCUCCGCAGUAUGGUCCAUCGGGCAUAACGCGUUCUGCAAAGUCAAAUUGAUCGUUCGGGGUACAACUCCUGAAGUCGCCACGUUGGAGUUUCUUCACAGUCAGCGAACAAGAGGAUUUGAGGUUCCAAAAAUUUUACACUAUGUCGAAUGCGGCGAUCGGUACUACCUGUUUAUCAGCAAAAUACCCGGUCGGACUCUGAUGCAGGCAUGGCCUAAUCUUAAUGCGUAUUGGAGAGAGUACUAUGUGAAAGCUAUCAUGGAAAUCUGCAAGAAUCUUGCAGAUUGGAAAGGACACAUGCUUGCUGGCGUUGACGGUAAAUCCGUUCCUGAGCAAUACCUCAUUAAGGAUGGAGCGGCCAAAGACUACAGCCCCAUGAAUCUACAGAAAGCAUGCGAGGAGAUAGGCAUGGACUGUUCGAACUUCGUAUUUUACCACGCCGAUCUUGGUCCAGGGAAUAUCAUCGUCGAAAAUGACCCAAAAUCCGGGGCAAUUGGCAUCAUUGAUUGGGAAACAGCGGGUUAUUUCCCUCGAGGUUGGGUAAGAACUAAGUUUCGAAUCUCCUCUGGAAUGAACCUUGGCGCCGAUGUCACUGAGCCUACCUCAUGGAGAUCUAAAGUCCAAAAAUUACUCGGGGACCAAGGAUUUGAAGAUUACUCUAACGCGUGGCAGCUAUGGUGGUAUUAA